AUGUCUGCUGAAAUACCGAAGGCUAUUAAAAAGUUAGCCAAAUACCUCCAGGAUAAUCCUGAUGUGAAAGUUAUAUUCAUGGUUGGGGCUGGAAUAUCAACUUCUAGUGGAAUUCCCGAUUUCAGAUCUCCAGAAACAGGGCUUUACCAUAACUUAUCAAAACUGAAUCUUCCUUAUGCUGAAGCUGUAUUCGAUAUAGAAUACUUCGAACAGAAUCCCAAACCGUUUUAUACUCUUGCAAAGGAGUUGUAUCCUGGUAAUUUCAAGCCGUCUCCGUUCCAUUAUUUGAUGAAACUAUUCGAGAGCAAAAACCGGUUAAAAAGAAUAUAUACCCAGAAUAUAGAUACUUUGGAAAGAGAAGCAAAUAUCAGCGAUGAAUUCAUUAUAGAAGCACACGGAUCAUUUGCGUCAAACCAUUGCAUUGACUGUGGUAAAGAAUUCCCAAAGGAAGCUUUUCAAAAUAAAUUACUAUUAAACGAACAAGAAACCGAUGAGGACGGCGGAAAUUAUGCUACUUGUGAUGGAUGUGGCGGGUUGAUUAAACCGAAGAUUGUAUUCUUCGGUGAAGGGUUACCUACCGAGUUCUUCGAUACGUGGGAUUUGGAUAGCUCUACGAAGGAAAAAACAGUUUGUAUUGUCUGUGGUACGUCCUUAACUGUGUACCCGUUUGCAUCGUUACCCAUGGAGGCACCGAAUUCGUGGCUUAGGGUGCUACUGAACCGUGAGAUAGUUGGUGAUUUCAAGACCUCACGCCAAGAUACUGAUCUGAUAUUCAAGGGCUCUGCAGAUUAUGCAGCCUUUUUGCUUGCCCAAGAGUUGUGCUGGCUCGAAGAUUUGGAAAACCUCAGCGGCAAACAAUUUAAGCCGGAAUCGAAAACGAAAACAAAGGUUCAUAUAAAUAAACCUGAACCUGAACAACAGGAGAAGAUCAACACGAAAGAGGAAGAGGUAUUGAAAGAGGUCACGGAGGAAAUAGCACUUGAGCUAAAUAAUCUAACCAUUAAAGAAUGA